AUGUUGCAGCGUCCGCGAACGUAUCAGGCUAAAAAGUACAUCCCGGUGGUCUCCGCCGCCCUCGACCCCUACGAGGAGGAGCGUAACUCUCUCGUGGACGAUGAGCGGCUGGACCGGUGGUUUCGCUACGUCGAGGGCGAACUGCGACGCUUCCGCAGCCCUUUUGUGGCUGCUGAGGCUCUCUUGACGGAGAUGCGCCUGCACUGCGAGCAGCUGUACCAGCCGGAACGGCUGUACGUGAACACUGCUCUACGCGUUCUGCAGGCUUGUGUACCGCACCUCCCGCAGGAGACCGCCGACGCGGCCAGCGCGGCCGUGCACGAGCUGCUCCCGUGCCUCGUGUACACCCGACGGACACCCUUGUCCGCCAGCGGUGUCGCGACCACGUCAGGGUCGUCGUCGUCUCCGCCGCCGCCGCCGAGGGCCUACUCCGAGCGGGUAACGCAGCUGACGUACGCUGCUGCGUUUCGGCGUGUUCUCGCACGGCGGAACCAAUUUCAGGUGCAGCUGGCGCAGCAGGAGCGGCACGUGCGGGUAGAGGUGAAGGUGAUGGACCACCUGGUGCAUGAGCUGGACCAUAUGUGGGUGAAGACGUGCUUCUACUCGUGGCGGACCUAUUGUAGGCAGUUGCAGGUUCGGAAGGCGCAGCUGCGACGACGGCUGGUGCGGGCGACCGCAAAUGAGUCCGCGCCACGGUACUUGCGCGCGUGGCGGCGGUACGCUCACACCAUUGCCCUGAACGCCAAGACGAGCCGCACCAGCGCGCUGCAGCAGCAGGUGGAGGCGUUGUAUCCGCUGGAGCACGAGGCGAAGAGCCGACACGACCACCUGUCCGAAGAGAUCAAAGAGAAGAGCCGACUCGCCGGGGAGAGCCUACAGCGGCUGGAGGAGACGCAGGACCGCUUGCACACGCUGGAGGAGCUCAUCACGGAGACGCAGCUUUCCCUCGCCGAACACUGGUCAACCUGGAAGGAGUGCGUGCACCUUCUCUUCGGUGAUGUGGGCAAGCUCCCGAGCAAGUCGGACAGGACGGUGCGCACGGAUUACCUGGUGAACAUCACCGACACCGCGGCCUUUCUUGAGAAGCGUGCCCGCACGAAGGCUAGCAGACAGGGUAUUCAACACGUUGGUAAGCUGCUGUUGUACGAAAAUGCGCUGGGACCGCGUGCAACGGUGUCUGCGGACGACAACAAGGACGCGACAGCUGCAUCAGCGGAGGGUGGAAAUGACCGCAGCAGCUUCAACGACGGCUCACAGCAUGGCGGCGGCAGUGCACAGGCGAGUUUCACGUCGCCUCUCGGCUCUAGAGGCGCCUUCCCCAACGCCUCCAGCACCCCACCGUCAUGCAACCCUUCGACCACCACCACCACCGCCAUCGUCGCCGUGGGCAGAGCCUCACCAACAUCCACUUCGGAGCAGCGCGUUUCUCUCUCCCGCGCCGCGACCACCGCCCCGCUUGUGGGGGAUGUAAAUCGCGUCUAUGCCGCCGUCGCCGCGGUGGCCCGCCCUGUCCUGUCGCCGCUGCACCUGACGGACGUGCUGCACCACAACGAGCCGAAGCUGAACCUCACCGUGGCGUUCCUCUCCACCCUGUACAGCGGCGGGCACUGCUCCCUGUUCAUGCCGGCGCUGCGUCUCUCCGCGCACUUGGAAACGCCAAACGCGUGCAACGAUCUCGCGCUCAUUAAGGCGGCCAGCGCGGCCGCGACCACCAAAGCGGUGCAGGACGCGCAGAGAGGCGAGGAGAUUCAUUGGGGCGCGCUCAUGGUGCAGGAUGUGUCGGAUGGCAUGCGCAAGGUUCAGCGCUGCACCGACGCGAAUGAGCGUUACUUAUUGUCAGUCCGACAGUGCAUGAUGAGCAGCGAGCUGGAGGUUGUUCAGGGGUAUUUGGAGGACUUGUUUGCUCGCUUUGCGGCGACCGGUGUGCCGCUGUCGCAGACAAAGUUAGAGUCCGUGUGGGAGCCCAUCGUCUCCGCGAUGGAGCUGCCCAUCAUCAAGGCCCUCUACCCUGCCCAGGGCAUUCUUAGCUUCGCGGAAUUGGUGGACUACGUCACGCGGGUGGCGGAGUACAGCGGUCGGCCGCUGCUGACGCUUGCGGAGCGGCUGGACGCCACCUACCCGUACGACCCGCUAGAUGAGCUGCUCAUUUUCCGCCGCAGUGAGGAAGCAGCGGAACUCUUCCGCCGGUAUGCCGCGCCGGUCUCUCUGCUCUUCGACUGGCUGAAAGACGACAUUGCAUCGUCACAGUUCCGCGCUGACCGCCUCACAAUUCUCUUGGAAGAACACCUCGAGUUGUCUAGCGAAGAGGCGACGGAGGUGUGUGACUUGGUUCAGCAGCAGAGCGGCGAUGUGGUCGACCGCGACGACGUGGAGUGGCUGCUGCUAAUGGCAUCGCCUCAUCUUGACCCAUCUCCCUUUUCAACUCCCUUGGACAAAGUCUCCAACGUGCUUCUUCAAUGCUCACCGCUUUUCACCGAGCUCGGCAAGGAAUCCUCCGUGUCCAAGUCCUCGGCGAAGCGCUGA